CCACUUGGGGAAUGAAUCAGUGGAUGGAAGAUGUUUCUCUCUGUCUCUCCUUCUCUCUGUAAAUCUUUAAAUAAAAAUAAAUAAUUUUUUACACAUUAUGGAGGUAGAUGGACUCGCUCUACCAGCCAGAUAAACUCAGGCUAAAUCCUCCAGAAUUCAAAUUGGUAUACAAAUAGUUUCCUCGGUAACACUACGCCAGGGCUCCAAAGUAGGGCAGAGCUGGGUGAGAAAGUAAGCUGUGCAGUUCAGGAGUUGAGGGCACUAGACAAAGUCCGGGACUGUCUUGGUUCAGUUGUGAUGUGUGGCAACAAUGGGCGUCUAAGAUUCUGGGAGAUGGGCUAGGUUAAGCACCUGGGAUCAGAAAGCCUCCCCUUGAGUUCUAGGUGACGCCCCUUACCCUUACAACACGCUGCCACCGUCCGCAUCCACUUCCUGUGAGGUGGGGACUGUGAGGUGGGUCAAGUGGGGCGGGGAUGGGGGGCGAGCUAGGGUGACGCGACGCUCACGUGACGGGCUGGGCGCCGACGUGGGCACCAGCCCCCGCAACCGCCUGCCCUGCGGUCCAGUGCCCAGCGCCCGCCAGAAUCUGCUAGCGGAGCUGCUCUGGCUGUGGGGCGAGUGGCGCAAGCCCCCGAGGAGGUGCAGGCCUGUCCCGCGUGCCCGCAGGUCUGCGCGUCAUUGGUUCCCAGUACCUCUUGAAGCCGGAGCGCAGGAGCAACCAGUGAGGACCCCCUGCAGCCCAGGAGAAGGGGGCAUCUGGACAUGGAAACAGCCCGCCAUAAAAACGAGGGACCACUGGAAAACGAGGGGCAGCCUGCAGAUGAAGUGGAGCCUGAAGAUGAAGACAAGUCCGACGAGGAAGCCAAGUGGGAGGAGGAGGAGAAGGGCAAGGGCGAGAGACAGCUAGGGGACGAGGGCGCACCGGGCGCUGAGGGCCGAGCAGUCCAGGAGGGCCAGCCUGAGAAGCAGGGCCGGGCGUCCGGGGCGGGCCAGCCCCCUACCCAGGGCCAGCCCGCAGCCCCCGCGGCGCCGCCCGAGAGCGAGCGGCGCGCCGCUGAGAAGCGCCCGGCCGAAGACUACGUGCCCCGCAAAGCCAAACGGAAAACGGACCGGGGCACGGACGACUCCCCCAGGGAGUGCCAGGAGGACUUCCAGGACCGGCAUACCAGCAGCGAGGAGAUGCUGAGCGAGUGCGCCGACGUGUCCAGGGCGCAGGAGGAGCUGCGGAAAAAGCAGAAAAUGGGCGGUUUCCACUGGGUGCCUAGAGAGGUUCAGGAUCCCUUCACCCCCCGGGGCCAACGGGGCGUGAGGGGCGUGCGGGGCGGAGGGAGGGGCCAGAGGGGCUUGCACGACGUCCCCUACCUGUAGCGCCAGAGGCCUGGAGUUCUGUUCUGCGCUCUCCACUGAGAAUGCUACCAGCCCUACUUUCCCUGGCUUCAACCUUAAGCAGAUGCUUCGCUUUAGGUGUCGCACUUCCGAUCAGCAAAGCCUUUCAUCCAACUGCAGCGCCUGCCUUUUGGUAGAGGAUCUGCACCCUUGCGCAUGUACCUUGUAACAUAAUAAUAAAAACGUUUGCAGAAUCGCUGAUGUGCUAACAGCCCGUCUUUAUAGUG